AUGAAUAUUAUCGAUAAUUUUCCGUCACAUAUUUAUUCGUUCAACUCAUCAUACGUCAUUGCCGAUACACAAGCAUGGGUUGCUCGAAUACUUUUCAUUCGUCCAUGUGCGCACACAUCGAUGACACUCGAUCUUAGUUUGCUAUCCGUAACCGAUUUUUUCACAAUUACUACAAAUCACCUUUUACGCUGCGACAGAACAAUGUACAACCAGACUAAUCUUUCGAAUUCUCGUCGAUUACCAUCUAUGAAUAGUAAAUCUCAUUCAUCAUCUUCAACAACUUUCAAACGUCAAUCAUCAGGUCAUGUUCCAUUACUCACAACAAAUUCCCGUUCACUAUCGAAUAUUACAAAUCUUCCCAAACAAUCAAACCCUAUGAACCGUAUCAAUGUCAAUACAAACAAGCGUAAAGUCGACGAAUAUGACAAUAACUCGUUCGAAUACGAUGUUCCCACUAGUAAUUAUGCUUCUAUUCGGAAACCAUUACCGUUAGUUCAAACAUCAACUGCAAAACGUGUAAAACCAGAUCAACCAGCUGCAUCAAAGAAAAAAACAUUACCUGACGAUGGAUCACUACGAAUUAUUACCUCAACUGUUCAAGGGAUGAAACAUUGGACCAAUAAGCAACUUCCAUAUCCCAUUCUAUUUGAAAUCUUUGGUAAACUUGAUUCUCAAGUCACAAUGUUACCAACGACCAAUACUCGACAAUUUUCGGUAGUUGAUGACAAAGAUCGUGUCGAAUGUAUCUUUGCAGAGAUGGAUCAAUCCUUUUCCAAUAUUGAUCGAGAUGUUGAACUUCGAAUUAUUUGUCGACUGGAACGUGGAAGUCAAGUUGCUCAUUGUAUUGCCAUUCGUGUUGCAAACAAAGAUGAAUGGCAUGAACGACGCGCGAUGCCUGAAGAUAAAGAAGCACCAGUUUAUACUGCCGAGAAGAUUCUUCUUAAACGAAUACGAAAAGGAAAAGCCGAAUACUAUAUCAAAUGGAAAGGAUGGGCUUCUAGGUGGAACACUUGGGAACCAGAGAAGCAUAUUCUAGAUAAACUACUUAUUGCCGACUUCAAUGAUCGAACUCGGAAACAACAAAAAAGCAAAGCACUUGUCCGUAAUAGUGCUACUAAGCGUGUGGCCACAACAAGAACUACUCGUGCGACAAAUUCAAAGCGUACGCGUCGUCUCCAAAGUUCAUCGUCAUCAAACGAUUCAACAUCAGUUGUACCAUCACCCACAACAAACGACGAAGAUGAUCUUGAUCAAACUAAUGAUGACGAUUCGAUAUCAAAAGAAAAACUGACUAGCAAACAAUCUGAUGUAAAUAAAUCUCAAUCAGAUCGCAAAGAUUCAUCCAACGAAUCCGAUCACGACGGUGAAGAUGAGAAGGAGUUAGUCGAAAACGAAAAAUCGACCAUUGACGAAUCAAUACGUGAAUUUCUAUGGGACACAAAAAACUUUUCACCUCAAACGAGAUCAAUCACUGAUAUAACUGAUCAGACUGGUGUAACAGUUUGCAUACGUGAGGUCGACGAACUGUCAACAUCGGAUAAUAAUAAUCGAGGGACACGUUUUUCUGCGCAUAGCAAUAGUUGUCGCACUGAAAAACAUUAG